UGAAACCUUUACUGCAGCUCUUUAGGGUGCAGCUGAUUUCACACGAUCCCAUCAUAUCAGAUUCUCAUGUGAUAAGUUCCUCUGUUUGUCACAUAAAUAAAAUAACUUAUCAGUUUGCAUACGUAUUAAUUUUGUAAAUUUUGGAACGAUAUUAAAACAUUAUGGCAUGCCAAGAUCUGUUACUUAAUAAUCGUCUGCGCUUCUCACUUGCUCUGUACAAAACAAUGUUGGCCCAUAUUUCCCGCAAAGAUAAUUUGCUAUUAUCACCGUUAUCGGCCGAAUUGGCCGCUAUUACGGCACACAUUGGAGCGCAGGGAAAAACACGCAGUGAAAUAGCGGGAGUAUUAGGCUUGACGGCGGAUUACACAGUCGAGGACGUUGCUGGCUGUUUAACGCAAAUUAGCCGCGAUGAAGCCCGGGGAAUCACGUUUCUCUGCGAUGAAAUUGAAGGCAGAGGGUUCAUGUACAUCCUCGAUGACGCUGAAGAGAUCUCGCUCGUCUGCGAUGAUAUCACGGAAAUCACGUUCAAACCAGAAAAGUCGAUUAAAAACUUCGAACUGUCAUCUCGCUUGGGGAUAUUUGUUGAAGAAAGUGCUCCUGUGAACGAACAUUACGUCGAACGAGCACACAAUCUCGUCCAGGCAGCUUGUACACCUGUUCCAUUUGCGAGUGAUCCUGAUAGCGCUUGGGAAAGCGUGAAAAACUUUGUAACGUUCCCAACGAAAGGAAGGGUUCCCGAAAUCCCGGGGUUACCCAGAAUCCCGUCGGCUUUUAAUUUAGCAUUCGCGACUACUGCUCAUUUGCAAUCUAACUGGGCGAAUCAUUUUCCUGGCCACCAGACCACCAAGAAAUGGUUUACCCUGGCUACGGGUGCCAAGAUCCUGGUGGACACUAUGCACGGAAGGUUCACUCGAUUAUGCCGAUAUCGCAAAAGCUGGAAGCUGCACGGCGCCAAAAUUCUGGAACUGCCGUACGUGGGAGAUCAUUGCACCGCCUAUUUCAUCCUCCCUGGCAAGAGACACUGGUUCUCCUGUCCACUGCGCAAAAACAGGCUACGCCAUGUGGAAAAAUUGUUGACACCCGAAAUCUUACUCCGGGAAAUCGAGAAAAUGGAGCUAGCCCAUGUCGUAACAGUGGAGAUCCCGAAAUUCUCCUUGAAGUGCACCAUGGCGGUCGACAAAGUUCUCGCGGAAAUGGGAAUGCCGACCGUGUUUUCCGACGAGGCUGACUUGUCCGGAAUAAGCACACUGUCACCUUUAAAGAUUUCGACCAUGGUGCAGACAGCCGUUUACGUUUUGUCGGAGGCCGUUGGAGGAAACUUAACUCGCAACCCGUAUAAUUUUCAGCCCUAUGAACUGAGCCAGAUUAUCACUUAUGUCAAUUCCGAACCGUUUCCUGGGAAAGCCUUAGAGAUGGAACGCCUACUGCAAGUAUUGCUCUUGCUGUCAGUGGUCAGUAGCGCGCACGGUGUAUGGUCGCGCUGUCUGAAUCACUGUCAGUGCGAGCGCAUCGAAGGCGUGAUGAACUGUGGGGGGGGGGAUUUGACUACAGUGCCUACCCCGCGCAGCCCGGAACAGUGGGUGCAGAUGGAUGAUUCCAUGGAGACCCCGGAGCAGCUUCCCGUCUCAACCGGGCUGCCUCGUACCACACCCCCAUCGUCUCCGGAACGUGUGCGUUAUCGUAAGAGUGGUAAACCGUUGACGUCUGAUAUCGGAGAGAGUGACUCGUCUUCCAAUGAAGAGAGCGAAGUGGCCGAGCGCUUCGUAAUCGAGUGCUUGACGAAAGGAGCAGCGUGUGCCGCACAUGCCAAGCGGAAAACUUUGCGGCGUGAAGACACGGCUCUGGCACAGUAUGCGCGGGGUGAAAACUGGCUGAAUAUUAAGGAAUUUAACCCCAUGGCACGUUGGACCAGUUCCUAG